GACCAAAACUUCGAGUUUUCCAUCCCCGCCUAACCACUUCAUCAUCACGACAAUUCCGGCAAUCGACACCCAACAGCCGUCAAGAUGGUGAACAUUCCCAAGACGCGCAUGACCUACUGCAAGGGGAAGGACUGCAAGAAGCACACCCAGCACAAGGUCACCCAGUACAAGGCCGGCAAGGCCUCGCUCUUCGCGCAGGGUAAGCGUCGUUACGACCGCAAGCAGUCUGGUUACGGUGGUCAGACCAAGCCCGUCUUCCACAAGAAGGCCAAGACGACGAAGAAGGUCGUCCUGCGGUUGGAAUGUGUUAAGUGCAAGACCAAGCUGCAGCUGGCGCUGAAGCGCUGCAAGCACUUCGAGCUUGGUGGCGACAAGAAGACGAAGGGUGCGGCUCUGGUGUUCUAAAUGCAUUGUGGUUGUGGUCAACCGAUUUCAUGGCUGCUUUCCUACACGGCACGGCAAACGGAUCAUUCGGGCUGGAGCUUUGGCGAAGAGGGUUACCCGGUCGAGGAGAGAACCAUGCAUCACUCCCAUAGGGUUUAAAUAAAAGCCCUUGCAAUUCCGAACAAAUGACGAUGACGACUACAUGGAUUUAAGAUAUCUGUUCAAUAUGGGUGAUUCUGUGCAGUGGGUGUGCUUCACGGGAAUCUGAAGGCUGCACAAUUGCCAUUUGCUGUACCUGGUUCACCCACGGAUCAUCCAUUGUCUCGAACAUAGUGAGUGCCUCCUCGGCCAGAGU